ACAAUAUAACUCCUAAGUUAUCAAAUCCUAAUCCUCCAAAAUUCCCAAUUCGAAUUCGUUCUUCCCUGCGAAUUGCGAUUCCCGUCCGAGUGUCCGACUGGUUACAACCUCCGGCGAGGCGGCGACUGGCAGCAACAGGGCAAAGAGGAGGAAACAAUCUGCACUCUAUGCUACUUCAGCAAGACAGACAGAGAUAGAGACAAAGAGAGAGAGGGAAGAAUGAACAAGAAGGAGGUAUUGAAGCUAGCAAAGGGGUUCAGAGGGAGGGCAAAAAACUGUAUAAGAAUAGCAAGGGAGAGGGUGGAGAAAGCACUGCAGUACUCCUACAGAGACCGCCGCAACAAGAAGCGCGACAUGCGCUCGCUUUGGAUCCAGCGCAUCAACGCCGGCACUCGCCAACACGGAGUAAAUUAUGGUAAUUUCAUGCAUGGACUGAUGAAGGAAAAUAUCCAGCUAAACAGAAAAGUUUUGUCUGAGCUCUCAAUGCAUGAACCAUAUAGCUUCAAAGCCCUGGUUGACGUCUCACGAGCUGCUUUCCCUGGUAACAAGACAGCCAUUCCAACCCCCGAAAAGAAGGGUCUUUCAAUUCUUGUUUAAUUCACAAUUUCUGUCAAUUGUCAUGUGUCCCAUGGCUGAGAACUUUCUUCAACAGUCUAAUAUUAGCAAAUAAUAUAGUUUUUUUCCCCAUUCAAAGAGA